UUGAGUACAUUAUUGCACAGUGUUCAUAAUUGCUUCGCAUAAGCAGGGUUGAUAUAGUUGAUCAUUCUUUGAUUCUUAAGUAAAUCGAUGAGAUGGAGUCUUCAAAGGGCGGAAAUAUUCAAGAAGGAGAUAACAAGUUAUCAGACGAGUUGUUUCUGGACCAUGAAGACUCUAAUAGUUCAUCAGUACUGUCCCUUUGUGAAGAAUUCCAAAAAGAAGCAAAGAAAGGAACCUCUUUUGAUGUUGAGGAGUUUAUCAACUCCAAAUUUCCAACGGAAGACUCGUUAACUACUUUGGACUCUUUUAUUGCUAGAGUAAAAGCUACCGUUUCAAGGCUAGACGAUGACCUUUCUCAGAAAGUGCGAGAAGAAAGGUUUGACAGCAACAAGUCUAGUCAAUAUAUCGCCCAAGCAAAGGAAAAGUUGUUUCAGUUGCGGAAACAAAUGAAUAACUUUUCCAUUGACGCAAUUAAUGCUGAAGGAAAGUUAAACAGUGUUUGUGCAGAAAUAAGGACACUGGAAAUAACUAGAAGAAACAUAUCGAAAACUUUGGAAGCCAUAAAGGAUUUACAGUCCUUUGAAGAGGCGGUAGAAGCCUGUGAAAAUAGUUGGAACAGGAAAGACUGGAAGCGGUGCGCCAUUCUUUUUCCUGAUCUGAUAAAGUUCUUGAGACGUUUUGAAGAACUGGAGGAAUACCAAGAGCUUGGAAAGAUUCCUGCCCUCAUCCGUAAGGCUAAGGAACUUUCCAAUCAUAUGCAGGAAUCUAUAUCUGAACAGUUACGUUUAUUCGGUCCAACAGGACUAGCAGAUAUUAGCUCCAACUCAGAAAAACAGCAACAAAUCCAACAGUUGCAGGCAAUGUGUAAGAUAAUGGAUUAUUUAAGUAAUGAUAGUCGUCGAGAAGUUAUUGAUUGGUAUAUACAUUCAAGAAUAGCAGCCUAUGAAGCCAUUUUCGGCCCGGGAGGUGAAGCUGCAGCAGUAGAAGCCACGGAGAGACGCUUUGCAUGGCUACGAAGGGAACUAAGAUAUUUGGAAGAAUAUUGGAAAGAUAUUUUUCCCGAAGAAUGGAACAUCGCUUUUAAACUGGCUAAUAGCUUUUGUACCACUACGAGAAGGCAUUUGACAGCUGAACUUGAAAAAAGGAGUCCAGGAGAUGUCACUGUUCUAUUGAGAGUGCUUCAGAAGACUUUUGAAUUCGAACAGGAACUUGAAAGACGAUUUCUCCACUCCACCUUUGGCACUCAAGAGAAACGUCGUUUUUCUACUAUUUCAAGUCAUUCGGAAGAUUCAGAAUUGCCUACAAACUCCAAGCAUCAUUUUGUUGGUUUAGUUAGUACUUGUUUUGAACCAUAUAUGGGUGCUUAUUCAGCCUUGGAAGAUAAGAACUUGGGAGAACUUUUACAGAAACUUAUAACUGAAGAAACUUGGGUGGUAGAAUCUCCUUCGACCGUUUUGAAAAGUUCUACGGAGUUGUUUCUUCAAAUUAAACGCUGCAUGAAACGUUGCGGAGCGUUGACUACUAAUCAGACCUUUUUCAAUCUUCAUAAAGUGUUUAAAAAGCAUUUGAAGUCAUAUGCUCAUUCUUUGGGAGAACAAUUGUCGAAGCAAGGACGUUCCAAUUCUACAAGUGGCUUUAGUUUCAUUUCAAAGGAUGUCUUACCCCCGAGCUUCCAUAUUCAACCAUUGGAGUUGAAUGAUGCAGAAGAGCGCACGAUAUGCUAUAUCGUGUCCACUGCCGAGUAUUGUGCUAGCACUGUGGAACAACUUGUCAAUUCUAUUAAGAAAAAAGUAGAUCCCGUCUUUGCUGAUAAUGUUCAAAUGGAUGUAGAAAGAGACGAAUUUCGUGCAGUUGCUGCCAAAGGUUUACGUUCACUGGCUGUAGGACUUUAUACUCGAUUUCAAAAGCAUCUCAAUUUGAUGACCCAGAUCAAUUGGAACAAUAUCCAGUCCGUUGGUGAUUCAUCCUCAUAUGUGGCGAAAUUGGAGGAAGAAUUUUUCCGUUCCCUUCCGAGUCUCGCCAACUUAUUAUCAUUUGUUCAUUUUCGAUAUUUUUGCGAUCGCUUUGUUGCCAUAUUUAUUCCAGCGUAUUUGACCACCCUAAAGACUUGUAAGAAGGUAUCAUCCAUAAGUGCACAACAGUUGUUACUGGAUGCUGCGGCCAUCAAGAACAUGUUGCAAAAUGUUCCCUUCAUUGCCUAUCCAAAUAAUGCAAGUCGAGAAGAUCAUAAAGAGGAAAGAGUCCAAUCAGAGUUUCUUGCUCCUUGGAGUUCCUAUCAAAAGUUUGUGAAUAAGGAAAUGACCAAAGUGGAACUUAUUUUGAAAGUUUUGUUAUCACCAUUGGAAUCUAUUGUAGAUACUUAUGUUGCUCUUAUUCCAGAUAGUAGCAUUGGAGAACUCAAUCAACUUUUAGAAAUGAAAGGCUUAAAAAAGACAUCUGCGGCGCCUUACAUUGUGAGAUAUACACAUUUGGCAGGAAAGGAUUUUCCGACGCAAUCCAAUCAGACACAAGGUCCUGAAGCAAUGGAUAAAAUAGAAAAGCCUGGAGUGUUGAAUCGUUUGGGUGAAAAAUGGAGAGAACGAAGGAACAGUCGAUCCUAGUGAGAAAGGAUAACGUAAGAAUAGAAGGUGCUACGAUUUUUGGAUAUUUUCGAGAAUAUCCAAAAAUCGACAAAGCUUGUCGAUUUCUCUGAAUCCUAAAUGUCCAAUAUAACUUUUCGUCAACUA